ACUCCAGACGGGUCAUUCAAACAUAACUUUUCGGGCACUGACAGUUAACAGGUCGUGAAUAUGACAGACCGCAAAGCUGUGAUCAAGAAUGCCGAUAUGGCAGAGGACAUGCAGCAGGACGCUGUGGACUGCACAACUCAGGCCAUGGAAAAAUACAACAUUGAGAAAGACAUUGCCGCUUACAUCAAGAAGGAAUUCGACAAAAAGUACAACCCCACGUGGCAUUGCAUUGUGGGUCGUAACUUUGGCAGUUACGUCACGCACGAGACGAAACAUUUCAUCUACUUCUACAUGGGACAAGUGGCGGUGCUGCUCUUCAAAUCCGGAUAAAUUUAUAGUGGAUCGUGACGUAAACAAAUAGUAACAUAAAAUUACUCGACGGCGUACUUUAAAUUGGGGAAAAAAGACUUAAUGACUACGAAGAUGGUUGCAAAAUGGCGUCUCUGAUAUGUUCUGCGUCACAACUCCUUUCGAGAGGCAACUUUUUCAUUUGAUAGCAAGCAAUUGCUAAAUUCCAUUCAUAGUUCCCGUGCCUUCUGGAGUACUUGUGGAGGAGUCCUCAAGCCAAAUUUUUUUCACCGAACUGCACUAUCGUUAUCAGAGGCUCAUGUCCAAUCCAUGGCGGUGCUAAUACAGGAGCGUUGGAUACCGACCCUAAGGUGCUGCGUCUUUCCGUCACUCUGGAUCAUUUCUCAGCGCAGAGCAAACAUGAAGAGAUUUCAUGAUAGCGUUU